GCACGGAGAGUGAAAACAAGAGGGAGUGAGCAGCUCCCUCCACUGAGGUGAAGGAGACGGAGUCAAUGGGUGAACGUGAUACACAACGGCAGACUGGGAACUGAUUCAAGUGAGCUCAAGGAACAGUUGGAAAAGAAAUAAAACAAGAGCCGAGGACCUUUGUCAUCUUGGAUUUCCUGUGGCGGGAUAUUACAGCUUUCAGUCCUCUGUUCUCAUCACUGCAACACUCAGUAAUGGUGGACCUGUUCAUCGAUCGGGUCCUGGUGAAGAACAACAAGGACCAGGAUGAGCUGGACACAGAACGGGAGAUUGUCCUGCGUCUGCAGAACCGAAUCCUGAUGCUCUUCUUUGCAUCUGCUGAAUGUGAGACCUGCCAGGAGUUUGCUCCUACGCUGCAUGAAUUCUUCAAAAAGUUGACAGACGAGUUCUAUGUGGAGCGCUCUGCUCAGCUGGUUCUUCUGUACAUCAGUCUGGAUAAGUCAGAAGAACAACUGGACAGCUUCCUCAAAGAGCUCCCCAAGAAGUCCCUGUUCCUGGCCUACGAGGACCCCUACAGGAGGGAGCUUGAGGCCAUGUUUAAUGUGGAAGAGCUGCCCACAGUGGUGGUGCUGCGUCCCGACUGCUCCAUUCUCACCCCUAAUGCAGUGGAGGAGAUAAUCCGCCUCGGCCCAGACUGCUACCGCAACUGGCAUGAGGCGGCAGAGCUGAUUGACAGGAACUUCCUUGUGACAGACGACUUUGAGGAAAAGUCCAUGCGAAGCUUCACUGACCCCGUUAGAAGACUGAAGUACAAGGUGGAGGAUGAGGAGAAGGAGAAGAAAAAGAAGAAGAAGAAAAAGCGCAGAGGAUGGGGUGGAGGUGGUGAUGAAGGCGGUGAGGCGGAGGCAGGAGCUGGGGACAAGGAUGGAGGAGGGUCAACAUGGUGAUACAAACCAAAACCAAAAGGACAAGCUUGAGGAUUUUCCCCAGAGUUCUCGCGAUCAGAGAUUAAAAGCUUUGCCACCGAAAUGUUUCUGGUGCAGCCAAUGAUGCAAUUUUGUUUUGAGCAAACAGAACUGAGUUUAAGAAAGUAGAAAUACAAAGCUGAUAUUCUUGUGAAUGACUGCUAUUCAAAUUCUGUGGCCUCCAGCUGAAAUACAGUAUGAAUAUACUCCCGAAACAAUUUCAUACAACGUAAAACAGUUUCUAAAGGACCAAUGAAGUUUACUCACCAAUGCUGUCCUCAAUUUACAAUCAGCUUCAACUCAAGUCUUUGAAUGGCGCCAAGAUUACAGUCAAGAAAAGUGUUUUGGUGUUGGCCAAUUCUUGAUGUCAGGACGUGUUUUAUUACACCCAGGAGGAAUGGUCCGACCAUUUCUCCAUUUCCAAUAACCCCAGCUCUGCACUAAUGCACUUUUUACAUAACAUGAACUAUCCAAUCCAAGCAUCCUAUGCCGAAUCUGAAAUCAAUGAAUUAUUCAGAACCAUUAAAAUAAUUGUGUUAGUGUCUGUUUUGGUGAGUGUUUGUGAAGUCUGGCUGCACUUUAUGGACCGCACAAGCAGCAAUCAGAGCUAUUCAAAAGGAUCCGGGCAAAAUGAUGGGGAGAUUGU